UUUCCUGCUAGGCUGCAACUUGGUUUCUUUGCACUGAUCCGUAUAAAAUUUAGAAUCUGGUUAAUAAGAAAUGCAAUGGCUUAUCAACUUUAAUCCUACUGUUUUAUGACUUUAAAUGUUAAAGGCAAUAUUUAAUACAAGUAGUUUACAGAGAAAAUCGCCACCAAUUAUUAAAUCAACCAACACAACCGACCCGUCUGUGACUUAUUUAAGAAAUGAAGUACGGCAACAGAAGAGUCCUGGAUGAUAAUAAUAUUCACGAGUCGUUCUCUAUAAGAGAUAUAUUUUUCCUUUCCAAGCUUAGCAAGUUAGAUAGCUCAAAAAUGGUAACAACAAUCUCGACGAAGGCAGUGAUUUUGGUACAGGUUUGGGCACUGGUCUUAGCUGUACUCAUGCCAUUGCUCUCAGGAGCCGUGGAUACUCAUCAAGUGAAGCAAUUGGCAGCUAAAUUCAAUGUGACUUGUAUACUAGUUUUUGGAGACUCAAGCGUUGAUCCUGGCAAUAACAACUAUCUUGCUACGCCCAUGAAGGGUAAUUUCCUUCCUUAUGGGAAAGACUUCUUCAGAGGCCGCCCAACUGGUCGGUUCAGCAAUGGAAGGCUAGCCACUGAUUUUAUUGCUGAAGGUUUGGGUUACACAAAGGCAAUUCGACCCUUCCUUAGCAAGAGAUUGAGGCCACUUGAUAUCUUACAUGGUGUUAGUUUCGCAUCAGCUGCUUCUGGUUAUGAUGAGCUCACCGCCAAUCUCUCUAAUGUCCUGCCUGUUUCCAAACAGCUGGAGUAUUUCAGGCACUAUAAGAUACGGCUGAGUCAAUUGGUUGGUGCGAGGGAAGCAGAAAACAAUAUAAAAAAUGCCGUAGCUGUGAUGAGCAUGGGCACAAAUGACUUUCUCCAAAACUACUACUUAGAACCUGUUCGCCCUAAGCAAUAUACUUUGGAAGAGUACCAAAAUUACUUGGCCUCUUGCAUGUCUGAGGACGUUAAGACGAUGCAUAGGCUUGGAAUUACACGAUUAGUCGUUGUUGGGGUCCCUCCCUUGGGCUGCAUGCCCCUUGUCAAGACUCUAAUGGACCAGGAAACAUGUGUGGAGAAGUAUAACAAUUUCUCCUCCUCAUUCAAUUCCAAGGUAAAAGUGAAGUUGGCCGACUCGAGAACAACAUUAGGGAUGAAAAUUGGCUUCGUUGAUGCUUAUGGCAUCAUUCAGGAUGCUGUGAACAACCCCAAAAAAUAUGGUUUGACUGAAACUUCCAAAGGAUGUUGUGGAACGGGGACCGUAGAGUAUGGAGAUACAUGCAAAGGCAUGAGCACAUGCGCUGAUGCAUCAAAAUAUGUAUUCUGGGAUGCUGUUCAUCCGACAGAAAAAAUGUAUGAGAUAAUCGCUGACCAGGCCAUAGAUUCUCUCCGAGAACAGCUGAUGGGCUAGCUAGCUGAGAUUUUAGGUAGAU